AUGGAAGCGUAUAAGCAAUGGGUGUGGAGAAACCGAGAGUAUGUGCAUUCCAUGGGAUCUCUUGCCAACGGAUUGACAUGGCUGCUUCCUGAGAAGUUUUCAGCUUCAGAGAUUGGACCAGAAGCAGUAACUGCCUUUCUUGGCAUAUUCACAACCAUCAACGAACACAUCAUUGAAACUCUUCCAACCGCCUCUGCUCAUGUUGGACCUUCCGGGACUGAUUCAUCAUCCCUUUCUUACCCCUUACUCAUCUCCAUCCUCAAGGACUUGGAAACCGUUGUGGAAGUAGCCGCUGAACACUUCUACGGAGACAAGAAAUGGAACUUUAUCAUCCUCACUGAAGCUAUGAAGGCUAUGAUUAGGUUAGCCUUGUUUCGGAACACUGGUUAUAAGAUGCUUCUUCAUGGUGGGGAGACACCUAACGAUGACAAAGAUCCUAACCAACCCGAGUUGCAGAACAGACCUGGUCAUUUGGAUAGGAAUCAUCGUCUUGGAAACCAACAAAAUCAUUGGAACCUGGAAGGACGGGCGAUGUCAGCUUUGAGUUCAUUUGGUCAGAACGCAAGAACAUCACCAACAGCAUUAUCUCCCACCUCGGGUUGGUCUCGUAGGAUUCAACACCAGCAAGCGGUUAUUGAGCCUGUGAUGAUCAAGGAGAAGCGAAGAACUCUCUCCGAGCUAGUAUCUGAGAAGGGUGUGAAAGGAGCGUUGUUUGUAAUGGGUGAGGUUCUUUUCAUAACGAGACCGCUCAUCUACGUUCUCUUUAUAAGAAGAUAUGGAGCCCGGUCUUGGAUUCCUUGGGCUAUAUCUCUUUCUGUGGACGCACUGGGGAUGGGGAUUGUAUCAAAUCUAAAGCUGUGGGGAGAGCAGAGCAAGCAAAUCAAUUUCUCUCAACCUGAAAGGGACGAGCUUAGGAGAAGGAAGCUGCUAUGGGCAUUGUACCUAAUGAGAGAUCCAUUCUUCACCAAGUACACAAGGCAGAAGCUGGAAAGCUCUCAGAAGAAAGUGGAACCAGUUCCAUUGAUCGGCUUCCUCACAGAGAAAAUUGUGGAGCUUUUGGUGGGAGCUCAGUCACGGUACACUUACAUAUCGGGAUCUUGA